AUGGGUAAACCGGUGAAUGCGAAGGCGGCUGCGGCCAAGGCAUCGAAGCAGAAAUCGAAGGGAAAAGGAGGAAUGACCUAUGUUUAUCUAUUCAUUGGUGCAAUCGGACUCCUUGUCGCUAUUCUAUUCGCUAUUCCCGAGAAAAGCCCGGGUGAGGGUGGAACUCCGACACAUGUCGAUCGAAAUCGUCUCUCCGCCGCCGAUCAAGCGAAAUUCGAUCUAGGCUAUAAAGAUCAUGCUUUCAACGAGUACGUCUCCAGCUUGAUUUCUUUACAUCGGAAACUGCCCUAUAUUUCUCCGGCGCGUUGCAAGAAGGAAAAGUAUUCCGAGAAUCUGCCCGAUAUGAGUGUGAUCAUUUGUUUCCAUAACGAAGCAUGGAGUACUCUGUUGAGAACUGUGCACAGUGUGAUCGAUCGAACACCGACGAAUCUCUUGAAAGAGGUCAUUUUAAUUGAUGACUCUUCGACAAUGGAGCAUUUGGGAGAUGCGUUGGAUGCUUAUGUGGCUGGAGUGGAUAAAGUGAAACUCGUCAGAGAGCCGAAUCGUGUGGGAUUGAUUCGUGCACGUUUGAGGGGUGUUGAAGAAGCAACAGGCACAGUGGUCACUUUCCUAGACGCACAUUGUGAGGCAACUGAAGGAUGGGCCGAGCCACUACUUGAUCGGAUUGCUUUGGAUCCUCAUUCGGUAGCUGUGCCCAAUAUUGAUCCAAUUGCUGAGGAUACAUUCAAAUACGUGGCCGAACUUGCUCCACUUAUUGGUGGCUUUGAUUGGAAUAUGCAAUUUGUUUGGCGAGAUCUUUCACCAGAGCAAAAGAGGAAACGAGUCAACGAGAUUGAGCCGAUUCGAACGCCAGUAAUGGCUGGUGGUCUCUUCGCUAUUCGAAAGGAUUUCUUUGAAGAGUUAGGCAGCUACGAUCCAGGCUUUGCCAUUUGGGGAGGCGAGCAAUUCGAGUUAUCAUUUAAAGCGUGGAUGUGCGGUGGUCGAAUUGAAAUUAUUCCGUGUUCUCAUGUCGGUCAUGUCUAUCGUCAAAGCACACCAUACAAAUUCGACGAUCCAAUCAACACGAUUCGUCGCAAUCUUCGCCGAGUGACCGAGGUUUGGAUGGAUGACUAUAAAUAUCUGCACUACGAGCGCCACAACAAUCGAACGUAUGACUUUGGAGAUGUGAGUGAGAGACGAGCCCUCAGAGAAGCACUCCAUUGUAAGGAUUUCACGUGGUACCUCAAGAAUGUGUAUCCAGAUCAAUACGUGCCAAAGAAUCUGCAAGCCAAGGGAGAGAUCAGAAAUUAUGGGGGUGAGCCUCAUUUAUGUGUGGAGAGUGUGAUUCGUGGUAGUCGAAAUCCGGACUACGAGGUUUUGCCAAUUCAUUGUCAUCUCUUGGGUGAGAAUCAAUUCUUUGAGUUGACCGAGAACGGGGAGAUUCGCCGAGAUGUUGCUUGUUUCGAGCAAGUCGGUAAUUUUUUGAGAGCGAAAUUCUGCGACGGGAAAACGACACAGAAAUUCACGCAUGAUCGCGAGAAGGGACACUUGAAGAAUGUGGGAUCUGGACAGUGCAUUACGACGGUGAUUCGUCCAGUCGAGGGACAUUUGCUCAGAAUGGAGACAUGUCGAGAUGGGGAUAUGACUCAGCACUUCAAAUGGCAGCAAUACUUUGAUAAGCCACAA